CCCUGGCCUUCGCGGGUACCCGCAGAACCCGUCCUCCUCGUCCACCCCGGAGAGGUCAGAGUCCUCGCCCUGCACUCCCGGGACGCCGCAUCUGCGCCGUCGGAGAUCCAGCACCCCUGGAGUCCACCGGCAGCUCGGUUCUUCCAGGUGAUGGUGUGCAGCCACCGCCGCCCCUGGCGUGCAGGUGUGGGCUCUCCACAUUGGGCCGGGGAGGGGACUUCGGGCAACGCGCUGGAAGCCUCGGCAGUCGUGGAAACCAAGCCCCACACUCCCGGGAAGCCUCCAAAUUCCGCGCCCUCCGUUACUAGGGGCCUCCGAAAACCGUUUCCAGACUGGAUUUGCUCUGAGAGGGGCACUGGGCGAUCUGCAGGUCUGGAUGAAGGAGCCCUGGGCUUUAAACUGAGCAGGCAGAAAUGGACCCCUGCUAGGGGCUCUGUGGCUUACGCGGGGGUCCCGGGAGUGUUGUGCCCCGGGAUGCCUCCGGCCCUGCCCAGCAGGCCUCUGGUCCCGCCAGGCUGCUUCCAGCCCUGGGCAGAAUGAGUUACUUCCUGUCUUACUGCAAAGCUCAUGGCGGCGCGCUGCUCACCGGCUACCAGGCCCUGCGUGCCGAGGGCUUCCUGUGCGACGUGACACUGGAGACCGAGGGCAGCGAAUUCCCGGCGCACAGGUCGCUCCUGGCGUGCUCCAGUGACUACUUCAGGGCCCUGUUCAAGAGCCACACCCAGGAAUCCCGGGCGCGCGUGAUCCACCUGCACGUGCCAUCGGCAGCCGGCCUGCAGCGCCUGCUGGACUUCAUCUACACUGCCUGGCUGUCGCUUUCCAUGGACACUGUAGAGGACACUCUGGAGGCCGCCAGCUACCUGCAGGUCACCGAGGCCCUGGGGCUCUGUGGGCGCUACUUGGAGCGCCAGCUGGCUCCAGAGAACUGCUGCUUCGCCGCCAACGUGGCGGCGCGCUUUGGCCUGGCUCACACGCUGGACGCGGCCGAGCGCUGCAUCGUGAGCCACUUGCGGGAGCUGCUGGCGCGGGGCGCGGGCCCCGCGGGACUGCUGGAGCUCAACCCUACAUCGCUGAGGGCUGUACUGGGUGCCCCCGACGUGGCGCGGGUGCCCGAGGCCCGGCUGCUGGGCCUGGCCUUAGCUUGGUUGCGGCAGGAGCCCACAACUGAGCGCCUGGCACACUGUACAGAGUUGCUGGAGCGUGUCCGCUUCGGCCUGGUUCCCGCCGACGUACUGCGGCGCGUGUACUCGGGCUCUGGCCUCGUGCUGCCCGCCCGGGUCAAGGGCCUCAUCAUCCAGGCCCUCAACUACCACACGACGCCCUCCCGCCAGCCGCUCAUGCAGGGCGAGCAGACCAGCAUCCGGAGCCCCCAGACCCGCAUCUUGUUGGUGGGGGGGCGCAGGGCACGGGAGGUGGUGAUUGAGGAGGUUGCGGCCCCGCAGAGGGCAGCUAGGGGCCGGGUCGCCGCCCCAGAGCCCGAAGAGGAAGAGGAAGAGUUGGAGGAAGAGGAGGAGGAGGAGGAGGAGUGGGAGCUCACCCAGAACGUGGUGGCCUUCGAUGUGUACAAUCACCGCUGGCGCAGCCUUACGCAGCUACCCACACCACUGCUGGGGCACAGCGUGUGCACCGCGGGCAACUUCCUGUUUGUCCUGGGUGGGGAGAGCCCUUCCGGCAGUGCAUCCUCUCCCCUGUCCGACGGCUCGCGGGUGGUCACGGCCCAAGUGCACCGUUACGACCCGCGCUUCCACGCUUGGACGGAAGUGCCCGCCAUGCGGGAAGCGCGGGCCCACUUCUGGUGCGGCGCGGUGGGCGAGAGGCUCCUGGCCGUUGGGGGCCUGGGCGCGGGCGGUGAGGCGCUGGCCUCGGUGGAGAUGUACGACCUGCGUCGGGACCGCUGGACGGCGGCUGGGGCACUACCGCGGGCUCUGCACGGUCACGCGGGGGCCGUCGGGGACUGCGGUGUUGUGUACAUCUCGGGGGGCAAGGCAGGGAGAGGCGAGGGCGGAGCGAGCAGCCUCCGGGACUUAUACGUCCUGGGCCCUGAGGAGCAGGCUUGGAGCAAGAAGGCACCCAUGGGCACCGCACGUUUCGGGCACCACAUGGCAGUGCUGCGCGGCGCUGUGUUUGCUUUUCUGGGGCGAUACGAGCCCUUCUCUGAGAUCGAACGCUACGACCCCGGCGCCGACCAGUGGACUCGGUUGCGGCCGCUACCCUACGACCGCUUCUGCUAUGGGCUGGCCGUGGUCGAGGAGACAGCAUUGCUGCUGGGCGGCCUUAAGUGGCGGGACUCGCGCCAGGUGCCUACCCGCAACGUGGUGGGCUACGACCUCGACCUGGACCGUUGGGAGGACAUAGGCUGCGCGUUGCCCUGGGCCUGGAGCGGCCUGCAGUGCGCAGUACUGCAGCUGGCCGAGGGUGGGGACGACGAGAUGGAGGGAGAGGCUGGAGGGGCGCUAGAUUUGGUGCCGGGCUGAAUGGGUCAGUCCAGUUUCCUGCCGCAAUGGAGGAGAAAGUCGCGCUUGGCUAGUCUUACAGAGCAACAGAUGGGCUUUUUCUAAGAAAGGGAUUCUGGGAGCAUAGUGGCUUCUGAAGGUUAACAGGCAAACAAGGCCUUGAGCAAAGAGAAACAUUUCUCCUUGAGCUGAGAAUGGGAGACGGGCGGUGGGGGGGGGGCUCAAAUAGAAGGCUACAUGAAUCAACUUCAGUGAGCUGGUGAAAGAAAAUUUUUAGAAAGGCUCACGCAAGGCUAGAGAAGGACUUUCACAAAUAAAAUAUGACCUUAUUUUCCCUCUUACAGUUAAAGUGUUUCCCUAGGUGCAAAACAGUGAUUACUUAUGUGCCAAAAAAAAGGCCAAAAAAUGUACCACAGGAAGUUUAUACAAAACUCAGAAAAUUGUGGGCUAUAAAGGCUGUAAUUAAGUCCUAGGAGAUGGCAUUAUCUGAAUAAAUAGUGAAAGGAGAGUGCCUUGGCUAAAUACCAUGAAAUCAUUGUAAGGGGGAACUAUGAUUUUAUGAUUCGGAGCCAUGGUUACAGUUCUGCUCUGAUGGUUUGAUAUAAAUAUGGAACUGAGAAGUAAAAAAAAAAACUCUAAGCACUUUUUUUUUAAAUCUAGAAAGUAUCCUUAAAUUUUUCUGUCACCGGUGUCACCCUAGGCUGCUUUUGCCCUGACUUUAGACAGCUCACUGGUUUUAAGUCACAUUUCAUCAACCCUUAGCCAUAAUAAUCAGGGUCCUCUGGUUAAGUGGAAUAUCUAACCAAAACAAAACAAAAACUGAUUUCUUUCAUACUCUUUUAAGUGUUCAUUCUGCAGACAUACUGUAGAUUAUAUUUGUAAAAAAAAAAUCAAUUUUUGGUGGUUACCCCCACUUCCCCCAAAAGAAUCACAGAGAAAGGAAAGAGGAAUAGGUAAAGUUUUAAAGUUCGUGUCAGGUAAAUGGGAAACGAGCUUGAUUUUUCAGGGUCUUAGAUAAGAUACUUGUAUAUACUGAACAGGUGCUGCUUUUGGCUUGUAUCACCAAUGAGGCAGCAAAGUUAGAACUCAAAACUAGGAUGGGGGGUGGUGGCUGUAUAAUUAGGUCACAAAGAAAUGUGGUAAGGACUUUGCAUGAAUAAAGUAGGUGCUUUAUAAGGAUUCAUUAAGAGCUGAAUUUAUUUGACUUCAGUUUACAGUGCUGCCUCUCUCCUAGAUUUGAAACGAAUGCAAUAAAAUGUACAGAUAUUAUAUAGUGUUAAAAGGUCUCUUUCAUGCUAGGCUAGCCAAGAGUCUUGUCAAAUUCAUUAGUUUAAUUUUUACCAUUUAAAACAACAGAGCUGACUUUACAAAAGUAAAAGCUGCUUAGUAGCAACAGAGCUAGUCUUCCCAUCAACUGCUUGCUGUUUACAGGCCACAAUCUGGCCACUGUAAACAUGACACAUCCAUCAGGUACAUAUAUUUUUAAGCGAACAUACACAUUUGGUCUAGUAAACAUCAAUAAGUCUAAACACCUGUAACAAGCACACUUCAUUUUAGGACAAGAGGUUUUUUGUUUUGUUUUUUGUUUUUUUUACAUAUACAAAAUCCCACAAAUUUAAUGUGCGUCAAUAUCCAUGCAGUAAAUAAAUGUUUUUACAAAUAGAGUUCUUUUUAAAUGAUAAAAAUAUUACACUGGACCCAAAAUUCCAUACAAACAUUAAUACAUGAUUUCUCAUCCAUUUUGACUAAAUAUAGGAUUACUGAAAAUGUGCUGUAGAAAGGCCACUCUCCUGUACAGUUGUGCAAAGUCUGCAAAACGAUAGUGAUUCAAUGGUGGUUUCAAAAGCAAAGAAAAAGAUCCCCGCUGUGGAGUUUUUACUUUCUGCUCUACAGCAAAAAUAUUCACUGGCAUAUAUCUGAACUCUUAAAGAUGAAAGUACAUUCACUGAGCUGUACAGGCAACAGUAUAAAGCUGAUUAGAAGUAGAUUUUAGGAUACAGAAUAGUAAAGGAGGUUCCCUUUCUCCUCCUGAAAAAAAAAACAGCAAAUUGUGACUUGUACGUUAUGCAGCCAGACACUAAAAAGCAGCACAGUCAUUUUCAUGCUGUGAUCACUUUCAAAAACAAGACGCUUAUAAAUGGAAAUAUAUGAAGAGGACUUUUCCUUAGACUUCAUCCACUCUAUAGAACAAUUCAUGAGGAAAAAAACCUCUAAAUUGUUUCUCUCAUAAUUCAAUGUGACAUCUCUCUGAAUGACCAUCACCUGCUUGCUCCUUAGAAGGGAAGUACAUUUUUCUUUUUCAAUGUUGUUUUUUAUAACACACAUCAGCCUGUAACUAAACAUAUUGUACUUCCCUACCUGAAGUAUAAUUACAUAAGUUUAAUUAGUGGACUAGGGGAAAAUUGGAAACUAAGUGGAAAGUUGAUUCAUUUCAGUUUAUAUCUUGUUGUCUUUUAAGAGUUGGAGUUUAAAAACAUGAGUUUGGGCUGAAAUUUAUAUAUAUAUAGCUGUUAGCUGCCUUUCUGGGUGUGUUAAGUCAGUUUUUAAAAAUCCCCUCUCAAAUUCUUCUGUACACAAUCAGCAUCUCAUCACUACAAAAAUAAAGGAAGAUUUAAACCAAGAAAAUAAAGCAGCUCUAUCUUCAAUUUUGGUCUUAGUUACAAAAACAUCUUACAAAGCUUUGCCCUGAUACACCAAGUGUUCUCAUAGAUUUGGAAUAAUAUUUCCAUUAACUUAGCUUUCACAAGUUAAUAGACUAUUAAGACGAAUAUUAGAUACCUGAACUUUUCUUAUGUCGAUGCUCUUCUAUUUUGCUUAGCUCUUGUAUGCGCAUCUACAUUUCACAAAAAUAAAACUACAGCAUUAAACUUUGUGCAAUGUUUAAGAAAAUUCUUAGAACAUUUUAAUAAAUAUAAAAAAGGUUUAAAUUCUUUCCCACCCACAAGGAUGUCUGCACCUGAAAAAAUGUGAUUUACUUUUGAAGUCUUGUUUAUAUAAAAUUAACUUAAAGGGAGAAAAGACGACCAUAGAUAGAAAACUGCCUUUUGUGGUUUUACUACUUGAAGACCACCUGUAUUUAGAAUUGUUUGCAAAAGUUAAUUUUAAGUCAUUAAAGACAGUUGAUUUUGCACAUGGUAAACAUAAGCUGAGCACUGAUUGCAUAUAAAAUAUACAAAUGCUCAUUAAAGAUAGUGGUAUUGUGACCAUAUAUGGUUUGUUUCAUAUAGUUUGGUAACAUUAAAGUAUAGCUUGUCAAGUGUUCCACACAUUGAUAUAAAAACUACCUUAUAUACUUGUUCAGAGUACCAGCAGGUA